UGCUCGGGUGAUUGACAGAGGGCAGCACUCUCCAGAUCGCAAACAGAUGCGUCCGCGGUCGCGUCCAGCCGCUUCUAUGGAGCUGGGAAUUUUCGCAAGGCCGGGAGGACCCCUUCAAGGCCGACAAGCCUGAAGCGGACGAGCUCCAGAAAGCUAGUGGGCCGUCGAAACAUCAGAUGGACGGAUGACGACGAUGACUACGAUAGCGAUCCGCCCGCUCAGCCGGCCAGGACGAUGCAUGAGAUGUACAUCGGGCACUUCGAGGCGCUGAAAGAGUUCUAUGCGAUCCGCUUCAGGGAACUCACGAUGAAGCCAUUGCGACAGAUCGUCACAGCGUGGGUCAAGACGCUGGAGCCCAAUCGGCUGCGGACAUACGGUCGCUAUCAUGAAGAGGCCACCCUUGAGGGCAACGGGCCGCCUUGGUGGCCUCGCGAUAUUCCCUACAGGGAGCCGUCACACCUGAGGUGCCAAGACCUGAUUCCUCUCGCCGUCGACAUGAUGCUGCUCCACCGACGCGUCGACGAGCAAUGCGGGAAGCGCCGCGGUGGCUGGAUCGCCAAGCUCAGGAAACGAGCAAUGUACUGCUGUUCCACCACUGAGACCACCCAAUUCUCGUCAUCCAAAAACAUUGAGUUUAGCGCGGCUAUGAAGGAGCGCGCCCUUAACUCCAUACUGCCCACCCUCUUCGAUAUCGCGCAGUCGCAUGAAGACCAUCUCGCCCAGUAUGACCUCUACGAAGGUACCGGCAAUAGGGAUCCGGGUAGUGGCAAACACGUGCAAUGGCAGCGGACCCCGAAAGUGGACAGAACCAAGCCGAGAAAGCGCCAAUGUCGAGCCAGCACGCGCGCUCGCCGCGUCGAGUUAAUCCUCGAGGACUCCGGCAGCGAGACAGAGGUGGAUGAAGAGAUGAUGAGCAUGCCGAGCUCCGCCUUCUCUUCAUUCCAGUCGUCCGGCAGCCACAGCGACGAGGAUGUGAAGAUACCCUUACAUGCCCUCUCUACCAGACCUCCGUCUCCUAUGGUGAGGGUCUCCACAACCCCCCAGCGGGCUAGUCCGGGGUCCGGCUUCUCCCCUCGACGCUCCAUCCCAAUGCAAAGUACUUCUUUCGACCAGUCACUGAGCCGGCUCCAUCUCGAAGACAAAGAUGCCGACGCCAAGGGAGGGAGCGGCGGCUUUGGAGUAGGCCCGCCUUCCGUCGUCCACCCAGCCUAUAGGGCCCUCGAAUAUCCGCCAAUAGAGAGCGUCGCCGAUUACAUUCCUGGUAGUGGUCAAGCCGCCUUCGCUCCCGUCCCGGACUCCGGGUUCUAUGCCUUCCCGCAUAUGAUACCUCUUUACCAAGACAGCUCACCCAACGCAUACGGGCCACCCCAACCUACGCUGGACGUCUACCGCGGAGUUGCUAGACCACCAGCGUUCGAUGAACGAAUCGCGUAUGGAAUCCAGCAGGGCGCGUUCCCACCUGUACCGCCAGGAACAGCAAUGCUUUCUCACGAUGAUGGCGCCCAGCAUGGUCUUCCACUAAGCUUCCACAGCUAGGCUUCGCUGUCACUCUCACGAUUCUUCUCUUUUGUCAGCCACUUAUCCGCCAGUUUCACGUCGAGCGUUAGCGCGUUUAUCCUUCCCCGCACUCCUUUGAGGAUACUUUGGUCGACUGCUGUUCGUUUCUUCGUUUCUUCGCUUC